AUCUUCCCUGGAGUCACUCCGCGUUUUCCUUGACCGCGCGGAGCUCUAGAAGCUCUUAGGGCCUACACCAGAGUUUGGAAGAACUCCAGAAGCGGUACGUUUGUUCGAGAGUCCCGGGCUUCGAAUGUAACGACGCUAUUUAUGCGGAUAAAAACGGCCUCCACGAAACCAAGCUGUGUUUAUAAUAACUCGUCGCGUCUAAUCCUGCGUUGAAGCGGACAUCGAAGGCACGAGAUACUCGCACAUUUCCAUCAACGGCUGAAGAUGAAAGCUGCCUUCAUAACGAUCUUGUUCGUUGCUGUGUCUACCCUCGGUGCCACCGCUACGCGCUCUCCCAGUUGCCCUGAAGUGGCAUGCAACCGGGACAGCUGUUCGCAGUUACACUGCAGCUGUGGGACUCACAAGGACCUGUGCCGCUGCUGUGACCUGUGCAACAAGUGCCCGGAAGAGCAGUGCAACUCGUACUUCUUCGACCGGUGCUCCAGUGGCCACGAGUGUGUCUUGGACGAACCUUCGACUCCUUUCGAGCACGGUGGAACGGGACACUGCAAGCCUAGUAACGCCACUGUCUCGCGCAGAUCUUGAAGCGGGCGCAUUUAACAGAUUCAAGAUGAACAUAGCCCUGGUAACCCUCUUAUUCAUCGCAGUGACCAUAACAAGCACUUCGGGAACAUCUACUCUGAACUGCGCGAAGAUGGAGUGCAGUCCGGAUACUUGUCCAAAGUGGCAGUGCUCCUGUGGAAGCUACAAGGACAUGUGCAAUUGUUGUGACAUCUGCUACAAGUGUCCCGGCGAAGAGUGCAACGUGUGGAUCCUCAACCUUUGCACCGAGGGCCACGAAUGUGUCCUGCAAGACCCUGAAAAGGCGUUCGAAGUCGGCGGAGUGGGUCACUGCAAACCUAUCAACGCCACUGAUGCCCCAGAAACUUGUUAAUAGAGUGAAUUUUGCCUUGAGAUAUUUCGUAAGUACAGAAAUAAAGAUAUUAUCAACAGGAA